UCUUAAGACCACCACUCAAUCUCUCUCUCUCUCUCUUUCAUUCUUUCCUCCCCUUUCAAAUCCGAAACAAUCAACAUGGGCUGGCUCCCUUGGUCCUCUUCCUCCUCCACCGACACCUCCAAAGCCUCCGACGGCGGCCGCAUCGCACCGGACCGCACCUCCCGCGAACGAUGCUGGGAAGGCCGCGAUAAGUUCUUCACCUGUCUGGAUAACAACAACAUCCUGGACGCGCUCAAGAACGAGAAGGAAGCGCAGAGUAAAUGCGGGAGUGAGUUGGCGGAGUUUGAGGGCGCAUGCGCUAAGGCUUGGGUCAAGUACUUCAAGGAGAAGCGCGUGAUGGAAUAUAACCGGGAUAAGACGAUCGAGAAGAUCAAGAAGGAGGAUGCUGCCAGUUUGAAGACUCAGGGUUGGUCUGGGUCGAAAUAACCGAUGCGGUCAGAGAGACAAGGAAAGGAAGGCAGCAAUGAGGGAACGAUGGUGAUGCUGUUUUAUAGAUCGAAGGUACUCUUAUCUUCGUAUUGUACAAUACCUACUUACUACCUAGCAUAAUGACUAUCCAAUGUAUAUCAACGUCAAUGCAUGUCAAAACUACCG